AUGUGCCCAAGUAUUUCUGUUAGUGCAUGGAACAUCAAUGGCAUUUCUAAUAAGGUCAUUGGUGAUAAGACAAAAAAUGAAGAUUUUGUUAAUUAUAUAAAGUCUUAUGACUUUGUAUUUUUGACUGAGACUUGGUCCAGCGUCUCUGUCAACAUCUCUGGUUUCAAGGCAAUAUCGUCCAAUAUCGCACCUCCAAAAUCGAAACACAAAUCUCGGCCAUCUGGAGGUAUCACGUUACUAUUUAACAAUAAAUUCCAAAAAUAUGUCUCAGUUGUUAAAAAAUCACACUUUUCACUUUGGUGUAUGAUAUCCAAAGAACUACUAAACUCAGAAAAUGAUCUAUAUUUAUGUGGUGUAUAUAUACCACCAGAACAAUCCAAUUACUAUGAUAUCGAAAUGUUUGAUAAUCUGGAGAAUGAAGCUAUCAUGUUUUCCACAAAAGGAGAUGUAAUGUCAAUAGGUGAUUUUAAUGCCAGAACUAGCAAACUUGAAGAUUUUGUUUCUACCGAAGGUAACAAACAUGUAUAUCAAUUUAACCAAGAUAAAUUUAAUAAAAAAAAAAGAGAAAACUUUGAUACCACAAUUAAUAACCAUGGAAAAAGAUUAAUUGAAUUUUGUAAAAACUGUGAUUACCAAAUCCUAAAUGGUAGAACAAAAGGUGACUCUCUUGGUAAACCAACCUUCCAUAAUAAAAACGGUAUAAGCACAAUUGAUUAUGCAAUAUGCGAUGCAAAUAUAAUAGACAACAUCAACCACUUUAUUGUGAAACCCCCAAACUAUCUAUCUGACCAUAGCCAAAUUAUUACAUGCAUAGAUAUUAAAGAAAUUACAAUAGAAACAUCCACUACUUCUAGCACCAAUUUCUCUAAUAUACUCCCUCGCCAAUAUAUCUGGGACAAUACAUCUAAUGGGACAUUUGCUAAUUGCCUUAGAUCGUCAGACAUUCAAAAUAAAGUAGAGAAAUUUCUGGAAAACAAUUUCCCUGAGAACGAUUACGGAGUUAAUGAAUGUCUUGAAGAAUUCCAAGAUAUAUUACAAGAAACUAGCAAAAGGUGUUUAAAAAUAAAAAAGAAUUCGAAACGAUGCAAAAUUAGAAAUACAACCAAUAAAAAAUGGUUUGACAAGGAAUGUAGGCUUAAAAGACAUGCUGUUAGGAAAUUAGCCAAUCAAAAACACAGAAACCCGUUAGACGUAAAUAUAAGAAAUCAGUAUCAUGUUACCUUAAAAGACUACAAAAAUACUUUGAAAAUCAAGAAAGAGGAUUUUCACAGACAAAAACUAAUUGAACUUGAAAAAACGGCCAGUGAAAAUCCCAACUCUUUUUGGAAAACACUCAAAACUAUGGAUGAUAACACAGAUAACACAACUCCAAAUUUAAUCUCAGAGAAACAAUGGCUUACUCAUUUCGAAACAUUACAUUCAAAACCCA